UGCAACUACAUAUUAGAAGACGACAAUCUAAUUGCGCUCGAACAGCCUCAGUACGACAUUAUACUGUGCCUGAGCAUCACGAAGUGGAUCCAUUUGAAUUGGGGCGACAACGGCAUCAAGCAGGCUUUCAGGCGGAUGUACGCCCAGUUACGUCCCGGGGGCAAGCUGGUCGUCGAACCUCAGAACUGGGCCAGUUACAAAAGCAAACGGAAGUUAACGGAAACCAUCUACAAGAACUACAACGCCAUAGAAUUCUUCCCGGAGAAGUUCCGGGAGUACCUGCUCUCGGCGGCGGUGGGCUUCGCCAAGAGCGAGAUCCUCGGCUAUCCCCCGCACCUGUCCAGGGGCUUCAGGAGGCCCAUCCAGGUGUUCACGAAGAGCACCAUGUUCCCCAGCGAGCGGAUAGAGGCCACCCCGAACAGCAUCACGCCGAACGUUGGGGUCUACAACGACUCCCUCUACCAGAAAAUUUGCAAGACUGAGAAGUAUGAAUCUCGAACACAGCCAGAGAUCUGCGUCGAGCACGUCUACACCGACAUCAUUGAGAAUAGGUAUUGCGGGCGCGAGGAGGACAUUACGGAAGUCAAUGAGUGCAUCGAGGAGGAUUUGAGGAAUACGGAGGAGAUGGAGUGCAGCACUACUAGUCAGGCGGGGGCGGGACGGGCGAACGGGGAGGAGGACAAAGUGAAGGGGCUGGAGAAGAGCGGGAAGGCGGGCGAAGUAAACGGGCUAGAGCCGGACGAUAAAGGUGACGUUUCCGGUGAAAAUACUUAGGUUUAGGUGUAAAAUGGACUCGGUAAUUUUUUUUUUUUGUAAAUAUUGUUUAAAUAUUUUUUAUUUCAAUUAACUGUUAACGAAUUGCUUUUG